AUGGCUCCAUCCAGAGGGAACCCCGGCAUUGAGAGCGGUUCAGUCGAUCACCUUGACGAAGACAAUGCUCAGCGAUCCUUGAUGAACAAUCCGCCCCCCGUUAUCCCCACUCCGAGGUCUACUACUACUACUGCUACUUUGACAGGCUUACUGAAACGGUCCGGUGCCAUUCGCAGACAGACAAAUCCGCUUCCCAUGAGUUCCAGACGUCCUAGCAUGUCGGUAUUGACUCCGCCGGGAAAUGUUCUCGAUAGGCAAGCCAUGGUUCAAUCCCCCGUUGCCAGUACCGCCGUGGAAGAUGACCAUUCGAGUGUGUUCUCUGCAAGUUCCAUGACGACUCAGGAAUGGAUCCAUGAUGAUCCCUCACAGGUAAGUUCUCUAAGGCUGAGGUGCGCUGGUGCCCUUCGGCGAGGGAACAGACCUCUAAUGCAGCAAGGACAGAGCCCCUUUAAUUCUUUCUCGGAGUCUUUCUGCACGGAGUUUGAGGACCAGACACGACAGCCCGUCACUGCAUGGACUCUCGAAGGCAUUCAGAAGCUCAUGAGCUUGAUGACGACGUGGGUUCUGAACGACAUGCCGGCUAGUGAAAUGGGUUCUCUGAUUACCUCCAUGCUGUAUCAGCGCGACGACCACAUCGGCGGGAGAUUAACCAGGAUGGUGAACGACCGCGAGUCCUACACCAACAUCGCCCAUGCCAUAUUGGAGCACUAUCACGUCUGUGACGACAACGGCAAGCCUCUGUGGAAGUACCUCAUUCCAGGAGAUCCCAACCUGCGCCCCGGUGACAAGAACGAGACCUUUCUCCGACGUCCGCGGCCCCAGAGAUCCGCAACCACCCCGGCAUCUGGAACUGGGACUAGAUCCCAGGAUAGUCCCUUCUACCACCUCCCCUCGCCACAGCCCAUUCAUCCCAUCUGCUGGCCCUUCUUCCUGAGCGACCUCGACCUCGAGCACUUUGUUGAUACUCCACAGACAUCCACUGACAGCCAAGAACCUCCCCCCGGGUCUUUUGAUAACGGUCCCGUCUUACGCAACGCAGAAAGGAGAGUCAGCCGCGCAGGCACGGGAUCCAUGCCUCGCGCCAUGAGCGCUGAGAUCGUCAAUCCCGCGCCCAUCAGCCCUUCGCCGCAGACUAACCAAACCAAGCAGCAAUCUCGUCCGCACCGGUCCCUCCCAACCUCUGUCCCAGCACCUGUUUGCUCAUCUUCGGUAAGUGCAACCCCGGCCCCGAUUCCCAAUCGACUAACUUUCUCCCUCCUUCCCUUUCUGUCUCACACAGGCCUCGACUUCUUUCUCUCGUUCGGUUGCUGA